UGUCCGCUCCCUGAGGUUCCCCUCAAUGCCCCUGUCGAACACGCCUGGCGAGUGGGCCGUAUUCCGGCAACUGAUGGGAUCCCUGCAGCGGACGAUCCAUCAAAUUAGGGUGAUUGCCGCUAACUGCCCGCGACUGUUUUAGCGGCUCGCGGCCGGGUAUGUACCGUCCGUUCGGAAGGAAGGGCGGGCGGGCACCGUCGCCCGAUUUUCGACGACGCCGACGGAACCUCCGAGGGGUUGUGGGUAUCGCCAAUUCUGUGGUCCAUAGAACUACAACACGGGACCCGUGCAUGUUCCUUGCAUUUGAACAAAUUCGAAGCCUCAUAAACACCAAUCAACUUACUCCGACAUCUCGGUUUUUUCCAGUUCACGAAUAACGACGUCAUAACAAUUCCUGUCUUUUUCACUUUGAAGUGGAUUUACCCUUAUAUCCAGAAACGAAAUCAACUGUCAAUCAUCAACUCAACCAACACCGUAAACAUGAUUCCCAGGACUGCGGCCGGUAGUGCCCUUCGCACUCUCACCAGGGCUACCACUCAGAACACCAAGCCUUUGCCCAGGACAUAUCUCCAAGUUCAAUCCCAACUGAGGCACUACUCUUCUUCUUCUUCAAACCCGCCCUCGGCCACGGGCGUAUUCUACAAGACCUUCACCCGUCCCGUAGCCAAGUGUCUACUCACCGCCCUGUUCGUCUACCAGGUCGUCUACUGGGGAUGGUCAAAGCUGGAGGUUGAUGAGAUCAAGGAGGAGCGCCAGGCUGAGAUAACCAAGCUUGAGGCUCAAGUACGGGCCUUGCAGUUGCAGAGGGAGAAGGAAAAGGAGAAGGAGGCUGAGGCUGAGGCUGAAGCGGCGGCUGCUGCUGCUUCGAGCACUGAAGCAUCAUCAGAUUCUCAAAAGAAGAAGGGCUGGGGUUGGUGGUGAGGAGAGUGACGCUGAAGGAAGGUUUGGCGAGGUGUGAAACAUACCCUUUUGGAGAGAUUGAGAGCAGAUGGAUGUUUUACACGCAUUUCGAGGGCUGGGAUGCUCUGUGGGUAUUUUCACGAGAUUCACCCACCUCUCUGAUACAUACAGUUGGAGCCAUCUUGGUGUCAAGUAUCACCGGGCACAUGAGUACAUGGGGUGUAUGUACGAUUUAAGAAAUCAUGGCCUCCUAAUAUCCUGGCCGGACGCCAUGCAUUCUUCUAAUGUCCAUCAACAGUUCCAGGAUUUCUCUCUACAAGUACAUU